AUUAUUUUCUCUCUUCUGACUACUAUUCUCUCCAAGAACUCAGUAGCAAAUAAUAAAAAUAUUAUAUUAUUAUUAUUAUUAUGUCUCCUUCAUCUUCAUCUUCAUCAUCAUCAAGAUGGUGUCCAACACCAGAACAGUUGAUGAUCUUGGAAGAGUUAUACAAAAGUGGAAUAAGAACUCCAAAUGCUUCACAAAUUCAAAGAAUCACUGCUCAUCUCUCUUUAUAUGGAAAAAUUGAAGGCAAAAAUGUUUUUUACUGGUUUCAAAAUCAUAAAGCUAGAGAUAGACAGAAACUCAGAAGAAAACUUCUUAAGCAAAUUCAACAGCAGCAGCACCAGCAGAUUUUUCAUCAUCAUUAUGAUCAUCAACUUCAGAUGCAGCACUUUAAUCAAUCAAGCCACCUUCUCAACUAUUUUGAUCUUCCUGCUCCUCCUCCUCCUCCGAUUCCUAGUUCAUCUUUUCAACCACUGUCUUCUGCUGCCUUUUUUCCUCUUCAUCAUCAGGGAGGAAUUGAAGGUGCAGCGACACAAAUGAUGAAGAAUAAUAAGACAUGGAAUAAUAUGGAGAUGGAGAAUUGGAGGAUGAGAACGUACGGCUAUGAUUGGAUGAUGAUGAUGGAUGAAAUGGGAGAGUCAUCAGAAGGUACCAAAAAACCACUGGAAACACUUCAACUUUUUCCAAUCACAGCAACAAAUCUGAAAGAAGAAUGCAAAAACAACAACACAUCAGCAUCAUCAUCAUCCAAUUACUAAACCUAAAUAUGUAGGCAGCUGCUUUGUUGGGUACUUUUCAAAAUGUCAUCAUGAUAUGCAUAUUGCUUAGUAGAAAUAAAUAUAAGUAUUAAUUUAACCUA